AUGCACGAACUGCUGCUUUUUGCCUCUGUCCCGGCCGAGCAGCACUAUGAGCUGCUCCAGCAACUGGCCGGCCUGGCCGCCAUGCAGCCUCGACACCGCAUCGAGCGGCGCCUGGUGUUCAAAGCCAGCCGCAAAACGGGCCGCAUCAACACACGCCUCGGCGGCGGCACUCAGGACGUCCAAGGCGCCGAGCUGCAGCGACUCACCAAGAUGCUGACCGGCGCAACCUAUUACACACAAACUGUUGGCCUCGUCCGCGAGAGCGACUUUGGUGCAGCAGCAGCAGCAGCAGAGACUAUCACGGACGAUGACAAAGCUUACGACUUUGAGAACCAGCUGUGGAGGAUGGAAUGGAGGGAUAUCCCCGAAGCUGGCACGCGGUCGGCGGUGACUUCUCGUCUCAUGGCGAAUGCGCUUCUUCCGCAGGGAGAUGUGGUUACGACGAUGAGCUCCUGGGGCUACGAGUUUGUGACCGAGUAUGUGGUCGAAGGCGACGUAUUUGUUUACAAUGACACCGCCCUUUUUCUCCAUCGAGUCCUCAACUACGCACACGACCCUUCUUUUUCUUCCUCGCCGCGAAGAACCCUCCCACCGCUGAAAGAACUGUCCCUGCUCGAUCAAAGCGGGAGCUACCUGCUGCAAGCCGCCAUCACUGUCCAAGACGGUUCGAAUCCUGGAAUGGUGAAAACGGCAACACAACAUCUGUUUGGCCUGAAAGAGCAGCUAAAGACUGCUGUCAAGCUGGAACAGGCGGAUCGUCUGUCGCUCGACACGCGGGUGAAAUAA